AUGCCCCCCACGCUGAGACCCCUCUUGAUCGUGGUGUUCGCGGCGGCCUCCGAUCUCAGGAAAAAGACGGCUUUCCCUGCAAAUCCCACUUAUUAUUUCGCUCGGGUCGGACAGCGCGUUACCGUCCACUGUGUCUUCAAAUCUACCUAUCAGGUCCGCUGGUUCCGAGACAACGCAAGCGGAGGACUGACCGAGCCGUUCCCUGGUGAAUGCGGAGAUCCGGGCUCCAAAUGCAGGAUUACCAGCACCGUAGAGAGCAAUAGAGUCACGCUAACAAUCCGGAACACGCAGAGAAACGAUAGCGGGCGAUAUUACUGCGCUGAAGAAGGUAUCAGCUCUCUGAGAUUCUCAAACGCGUCCGUUGUGAUCGUGUCUGGAGUUUCAGAUGAUUCCUCUGUGAAUCCGUCAGUGUCUAUCCUGGCCCCCCUGGCUGUCUCCGGCAGCGCGAUCGAUUCCAAGGCGACCCUGACAUUAGUGUGUCUAAUCCGGGGCCUCUCCUCGCUCUCGGUCCGGGUCCGAUGGUUCAUCUCCGGUAACUUCACGGCGGAGGGAACGCCGAGCUCCGGGAUCAAAGUGAAGGAGGGCGGAGAGGGACAGGGAGACGGAGAGAGCUACGCUGCUACGAGCCGCCUGACAAUCCCGGUGGAGACGUGGAGAAGCGGGGCUGACUGCGCAUGCGAAGCGCAGUUUGACAGGAACACUUCUAUCCGCAGCGGGAAUGUUUCAUACGCUGGGAUUCAUGGGGCGGGUCUGGUUGCAGAGCGGUGCCUGGUUCAGUACGCCGUGUUCUCCGGGGUCUCCCUCCUCACUCUCUCCGCGGCUCUCUGCGGCUGCGCGCUGUGGACCCGCCGCCGCUUCAAACCAGCGUCCACUGAAGACCCCACGCGUGUAACUCAAAAAAGGACCCCCGGCAGCGGAGAUGCAAAGAGGAGAGAUGAAGAGGACAACCUGGUCACCUACGCGAGCUUGGAGUUUGAAUCCCAGAAGAAGAACAGAAAGAAGAGACGCAUAUAAUAAUAAUAAUAAUAAUAAUAAUAAUAAUAAUAAUAAUAAUAAUAAUGACUCCUUUGGAGCGUUUGAUGUUAGUUUUGCGCCUUGAUAUAAUUUUUCAACAGUAGUUUAUUUUUUUUAUUUUUUUUUACUUGCUUGCUUGUGAUUUGUAACGGAUGCAAAGUUCAGACGAUUAAUAUCUGUUUAAAAUGAUCAUUAUCAGGGGAAGUCUGAUGCUCAGCUGUCCUCAGACCUGAUUCCUCACCUCCAAGUUUUGAAUCGUUUUCCAAACUGGCCAAACAUUUUGCAAACCCUGUAGAAUUGACCAAUGUCGACUUCAUAAAGUCGAAUGAAACCGGCUGAAUAAUGAAUCAUAUUUAAUUACACACCGCUUUGUUAUUUUCCCAUACAAACUGACAAAAAGUUGAAAAAUGUGACAUUUCAAAAUCUAACAUGAAAUAAUAUACCAGUAUUAUGGCAUCCUAAUGGUAGACUUUUUUUUCUAUAUCAUUUAAUAGUUUCUUUGAUGACAUGAUGUUAAAUAAAAGAGGUAAACUAUGUUCAUAUAGCUUUUUUUAAAUAAUAUCUCAGUCCUAAAAUUCUAGAUGAGGCAAAACCUUUGCCCAGAGCUGCACACAGAACUGAGCCUGUUUUAACCCUUCGAGGUACACAAGGAAUCAAGCGCUUGCUGUUCAGAUGGUUUCUUCUUAAAAAAAUACCUUUGAGAGCGACUCAGGAAUCACGAGGAGAAAACUGUCCAUUUGGACGAUCAGAUCCAGUCUGACACUUCAUUUCAAACCCCGCUGUUUCGUGCACCUCGUCGCAAACAAUAAGAAAGCGCGCAUCGUUUCUAUUCGUGGGACGCACGUGUUCCUUCUCUCUUAAAAGGCUUGUGCGUUUCUCUGAGAUUUCUCAUUGGUUUAUCAGAUUUGAUGGACAGUUAUUGGAAUUGUAAUAGAAAUAUCAAUGGGCUGGAAUAAGCCAUGCUAGUGCAAAUAUAACACGUGGUGUUUAUUUAUCCUUUGAAGAAGACCCUUUGAAAUUCUAUAGAAACUGUCUCUAUAUCAAAACUCUAUUUCGUGAAAUUGCGCCAGCAUGUUCUUCAUU